UGUGAUCAUAGUAAGUUCAAAGACAUUACAUUUUGUAGUCACCAUAGUACUAAAAUAUCAGAAACCAAUUUUCUGUGUGUAGAACAAAGAGGUUACUCUGGUCUUAAUGGUCUUCAUACGAAAUUGUUUAUUAUUAACAAAAUUUGAAUAGUAGGGGAUGCAUAAAUAUAAAAUGGGGAAAGGGUGUUUUAUGGUGAUGUGAUGUUGGAGAGGAGACCGGGAGGAUUGUGGGAAAUGUCAUUCAGCCAAUGAAGCUCUGGCCUAACUGUAAGGUUUUCUGUGGGAAAACAUUCCCACAUUUUUCCAGCUAACAAUAAAGCUAUGGAUAUCCAUGACUGCUAAUUCAUUUACAGAUUACAUACAUUCAACAGGUUUUGUUAGUCCUCAUUACUUUUUUUUGUCUUCGCGCGUCACUUACGACUAUGAUGUCCUCCGAAAAUAAAAAGGAUAGCCUGUCGCUCCUUGCGGCUUCAACAUACAACGGACGAAUUUUACACUCGGUGUACUAUGUUCAAUUUAGUAGUUGCUAAGACAACCAGACAGUCAGUGAGUUUCCAGACCGCCCCAUGCCGUUCCCUUCCCAAACAACAGGCCAGCUUGAAAAGCCUGCAGACUAGCUGUGCGUAAUAAUUAUGUAAUAGCGUUAGCUUGCUGUUAGCAAAAUAAUUAGUUUACAUCGGUUGGAAAGCGGCAUCGGAAUUCAGUGGAUCCAGGGCCGUUUCAGAGAGAAAUGUGUCCGGAUAAAAACGUCCAAGUUCUAAACGGCAGUUUAAAUCAUAGACUGUGACCGGGAUGUUAUGUGAAACUCCUAUUCAUUUCUCCUUAGAGAAAUUAUGAUUGAUCCGAAAUUCUAUGGGGAAAGGUUUCGCUCCGCGUUACGUACUUCUGAGGCCCAUAAUAACAAGUUAUAAAGUUCUGUGCACAGAACUGUUACCAAUAAAUAAUGUGGUACGGUCCUCUUGUUUUAAAACGCGGAAGUAAAUCCACAGACAGUCCUAUGAGUCCUAAUUACGGAGACGAAGAGGACAACUGGGACAUCGUCACAAAGAGUCUUCGGACAGGAGUGGAGCUUCGGUCUGAGGAGAGGUGGAGAACCCACAGAUGUGCAAGAGGUACUCACAACUUUACAGUCCGGCGUUAUGCAGAAUCAGUCUGCAGAUGUGGAGCAGUUCAGGCCUGAACCAGUUCUUAUCAAGCAGGAGAGGCAGGAAGAGGGCUUGUGUUACAGAGACCCACAGCCCACACCUGGAGGAGAGGAACAGGUAACACUGCCCACUCCUAUAACAGAGGAACAGGUAACACAGCCCACACUUAUAGAAGAUGGGAAGAAACUGGACACAGAGCCCACACCUGCAGGAGACCCAGAGGAGCUGAGUGAGCAGCACAGGUGUGAACACGGUGAUGAGGAGCUCAGUGAACUGGAGUUUGUGGUGAAGGCAGAGCAAGAGGAAGAGCGUGUAGCCCAGAGACUCAGUCAGACAGGAUGUGAACACAGUGCAGGAAGACUCAACAAUCUGGGCUCUGAGUAUGUAAUGUAUGAGAGAGAGAGUCAGCUGUGGACUUCCUUUACUCAGGAUGACAGUGACAUAGAGGCUGAUGAUCCAAUUUGUUCUAAUGCUACAGACCAGUGUUCACAACAUCUGUCAAUACACACACAGCUACAACAUGCUCCUGCCUCCAUGGAAGUCUCUGGAAACACACUGUCCUCUUUUGGGCCUUCAUAUGUUGAGGAGUUCGAUACGAUGAGCGAGAAGCCGUCUGUUGGCAGCGAGGAGCUCAGUUCAGAGGCCAUUCACACACAGCAGGGUCAGUACAGAGAGAGACUUGUGCACACAGUGGAGAGAGAGAAUCAGACAUUACUGCCCCAGCAGCAGCAGCACCAUGGACCCUCAGUAAAACACAUGAGAGGCAGAGAGAGCCCAGCCCAGCCACACUCAGGCUCCCAGUAUGAGACCGGUUCUUCUCUGAGCGCCUGCGCGUUCAACAUGGCCGACCAGCUGAACGACCAGUGGGUUGCUGCCAGCGCAGACGAGAACGUGUUCAUCUGCAGCCAGUGCGGAAAGACGUUCGGUCGUCUGUCCUACCUGAAGGUGCACCAGCGAAGCCACACGGGGGAGAGGCCCUUCUGCUGCACGCAGUGCGGGAAGCGCUUCCACUGCUCCUCGCACCUGAAGAUUCACCACCGCACGCACACGGGGGAGAGACCGUACGGCUGCGCCACCUGCGGGAAGAGGUUCACGCAGCAGAGCAGCCUGAAGACGCACCAGAGCGUGCACACCGGCGCGAGACCGUUCAGUUGCGCGCAGUGCGGGAAGACCUUCACGCUGCUCCAUCACCUCAAGAGACACCGCAUCGUUCACAGCGGAGAAACGGUACUACUAUGAACUGAACUAUGACGACCGAACUGCAAGAUGGUGUGUGGGGGAGGGGGGGGGGGUACAUGUCUCUUGUGAUUUUGACUGAUGACGCUGCAUGUGAAGACAAAAUCGAAUGCAUUUUUGUUUUGAUUGCUAAGGUGUUAUGUUAUACGCAAAUGAAACAUUGGUUUUAUAUAUAUUUGUAUGUAUAUAUUUGUGUGUGCGUGUGUGUGUGUGAGUCCAAGGUGCCCUCCAGGAAGAAGAAUUUUAAAUGUAAUUUAUUGCCUAUCAAAUGUUUUCUAUGCUCAGAAAUUUGAGAAAAUUACAUAAUCUUAUCCAACAGAGUCCUUGGUCUUCACUUGGUAGUUCUUUUACUUUGGCUCACCCUACAGGUUUUCUGUGGGGUUUAGGUCAGGGGACUGGGAUGACCAUCGCCAAAACCACUGCUGUCUUAUUCUGUGGUCAGUCAAUCAUUUUUUUUGUGGAUUUAUAAUGGAUCAUUUUUGGGUCAUAGUCCUGGAAGAUUCAACCAUAACCCAAUGUUGGCCAACUGGCAGAGGUAGGCAGAUUUUGGUCAGAUUUUGGUGUGGGACUUGCCGGAGAUCCUUAUCCCAUGUAUCCCAAUAAGAUUCCCAGGGCCUUUGGAAACAAAGCAAGCCCCACAGCGUCGCAUGUCCACCACCACACUUCACAGUAGAGAUUUGGUCCUUUUCUGCGUGACCAUCCCUCAUUUUAUAGCCAUCUCACCUCUAGUUUUUGUGGUGAGAGAGCUCUAUUUUUCUGUCAUCUGAUCAUGGAACCAUAGAUUCCAAUCAAACUACAAAUGCCAAACGGCAGGUGCUUAUUUUUUGCGGUUUGAUGACUGUAGACUAGAGGCUUUCUUCCGGCAAGCCUUCCAAACCGCUCUUGGCAUGGAGGUCGCUCCUCCUAAUUGUCGUUUCGGAGACUGUAUGAUCCUGAGAUGCAGCCUACUUCUGCAGUUCUCCAACUGUGAUCCCUGGAGAAUAUACUUUUUUUUUGGCCCUUGAACCAUCCUCCUCACUGUGUGUAAGGGGCAAAAUAAUACACCUGCGUCCUCUUCCAGGCGAAUUCAACACAGCUCCAGUUGUUUUAAUCUUAUUAAUCAUUGUCCUAGUAGGGGAGAGGAGAUGAUUUUCAGACAUUAAGCUAUUUGUGUAGCUGUUGCCUGAUUUAUGAAGGUCAACAGCACGUCUUGUCUCAUUUCCUUUGUGUGUUCUUUGACCUUCGUCUUGCUGGCAGAUGACACAGGUGGUGCGUCCCGUUACGCGGUGGUGCUGGGGUUGGCCGCUGUCUCACGUGGUGAACAGACCGACAGAAUCAGUGCCAAAGGGUAAUUUGGCUUAUUGCCUUUUUGAUUAAACCUGGAACAAAAAUAACAGAAGUAUCAUUCAUGAAAUAACAUAACAGGAGACAAAAAAAAUAAAAUAAAAUAAUAAUUCCACAGCCUGAGGUAAGGCAGAAAGUCCACAAAAAUAAAAUGCCAGCUGCCAACUGUCCUCUGUAGGACUGGGCGCAAGGCCUUUUCUCAAGGCCACUGGCGUUAGGCAAUGGGCAGCGGCUGCUAUACUCCCUGUGAGUAGGGCCAGUGCUGCCCCCUAGUGGACAAAGCCAUAUUAUAUAUAUAUAUAUAUACGGAUGGAUGGAUGGAUAGUUUAUUACGCAUUACAUUUUUAUGGGGCUGUACCCAGUUUCAUGUCCCACUGUCUUGAACCUGACCAAUGACAUUGCAGGGAUGCGAUAAGUGCACGGCUAUGAUUGGUUGUUCCCGACUUGAAAAGAGGGUAAAGGUUUAGGUCUAGGUGUAUGAAUGCUGGGGAGGAGGAGGUGGGGGCGGUGGGCAUUCUGUUUCAUUGCUGCACUGAGCUGUGCUGCUCUGACCAAUCAAAGCGCAGCAGCAAUCUGCUGUACCUGUCACCGCGCAGUUCACUUGAGUCAUAAUUGUGUUUCUGGGUCGGCCGCUUCAGAGUGCUAGGCCAUGGUGGUUUUGCAUUUGAGGACCGAUGUGGUUUCUAUGACCUGCCGUGAACGUCAUACUGGCGGGGAAAAUGAGCACAAAUUAGCUAUUAGGCAUUCACCUAUACAGUGGCUGACCUGCCGGAUUAUCUGGGCCCUCAUUAUUAUGUCGAUAUCAGUUUCCAAUACAGAUUGCCAGCCUGGCAAAGUGAUUGCUGCCAACAAGUGCACAUAACGUCAAUCAAACAGGAUUUUAAAAUGAAUUUUUCUUAAUCCAGAAUCCCCAGAAUAUGCCACAAUUUGAUUUGUGGACAGUUCAGUGCACAGUUAAACUCAGAUUCUCUAACAGUCAACAAUCUGUGGACUAUUUGUUGUGUUUCACACCGGCUAAUUCUGAAUAAUUUAUUGCAUGUUAUGGCAACUAAUUUCAUAUUGUAACCAAUGAGAUCAAAUAUUUUGGAAAAAGUAUGGGCCUUUUAUAAAUGGAUUGUUGAAUGAAUUCAUUUUUGCAUAUUCCCAUCUUGAAAUUAAUUUUUUUUUGUUUUUACUAGUGUAGUACAAACCUGGGUCAAAUAUGUAAUUGUUUUGGAUUCAAACACUUUUCUGUGCUCUAUUGAUCUUGCCUCGUGUAAUUGAGCCUGCCGGUAUGACCAGAAGGCAAGGUCUGCGCUUUUUGUGCAUAUUUAAUUGGUUCCAAUACACCAGACAAGAUCAGUAAAGAGUAGAGAAGUAUUUGAAUCCAAAACAAAUACGUAUUUGACCCAGGCCUGGUGUAGUCUGACCUUUCAUAUAUCCCCCUCCCCUCUGGUGUCACUGUGGUCAGCUGUGCGAGACUGUACAGUGCAUUGUCACACAACCUCUUCUCUGCUGUUAGACAAGCGUGGAAAACCGGAUUUACCGGGGUAAAUGUUUAACCAAUUGUAGCCUUACUCACCAUGGAAUGUAAACAUACCAACGUUGUUACAUUUUAACUGUAAUUUUCAUUAUUUAUUUAUUUGGUUUCCAGAGAGCCGGAAAGCACGAGGGGUGUGAGUGGUUUGGUCUUUUAAAAACGGGGAAGAAAAAACAUUUGAAUUGGUGGUUUAAUGAUGUGCUCUGGUAAUCAUUCCAUAUCCUUAUCCAAGUUAAAUGUUUGAGUGGCUUUUAAAUGCUCCCGAUUCUGUUCAUGUCUUUGAUGUGUCUAAUGUGGUUUAUUUCAAAAUAUAUUUUUUAUUUAUGGCA